AUGCCGCCUCAAACCACCAACAUCAUAGAUGGAGAAUUUAAGUGCCUUAAAAGGAUCCAGAUGAACGCGCUGGACAAGAAUAUUAUGGCUUUCCUCGAAGCAACUCACAAGUCGGCCCAAUCCAAGGGCAUAUGCAACUCAAGGGGCCCUUUCAAGAGGUCGCUCAUUCAUUACGCUGCUAUGGGGGACUGUACUGAACUUCUCUUGCGACUUCUGGAGAUUGGCGCGCCAAUAGACGAUCGCGAUCAAAACCAACGUACCCCUCUCUCCUGGGCAGCUGAGUACGGCUCUUACAACGCAACGAGAAUUCUGGUGGAAAAUGGAGCCGAAGUCAAUGCUCUGGACGAUAUGUACGGGACACCAUUAUCGUGGCUGAGACACGCUGCGCAUCCUGAUUGUAAAGGCCUCCCAGUUACCAAAGCAUAUCUCAAAAAGAACGGAGCAACCAUGAAAGGUGCCAAACGUGCCUGGAUUUUGAAGAGGCUUGGACUUCUCUGA